AUGAGCAAUUCAGCUCCCUGGCAGUAUCAACAGGGAGCACAGACUGGGACAGGAACUGGAGGAGUGAAGUUAUUUAAUCCACUGGAUUUUGGAGCAGCUACUUCUCAGACAAGUAAUUAUGUUUACAACUCUGAUCAGAGUGGUCAAAUACAAGCCAGUGGCCAAAAGCAAGCUGACGAUUUGAACAGUUCAUGGGAUUGGAACCCAUCACAAUGGAAUUCAGGUGGAAAUGAAGGGCAAGUUACUGACACUAACCAGCAAGUCAAUACAAAUCAAGUCCAAAAUGUUCCAGGAAAUGUUGAUGCAUCAGUUUAUCAAGGUCAGUUCUAUCACCAAAGUCAACAACAGCAUCAACAUUACUACAACCAGCAGCAGUACCAGGAUCCUGGCCAGCAGGUGAAUCAGCAAGUGCUAGGUCAACAAACUCAGGGACAGGAUACUGAUGGCCAACAAGACUGGGCUCAUCAACAAUAUGGCUAUAAUCAAACAUGGAACAAUACUGACUUUAGUCAGCAGCAGCAGCCACCCCAGCUUAUAAACAAUAAUUAUGAUGGUCAACACACUUUUCAACCAAAGUUAAACCAGGAGCAGCCUUACAAUGUUAUCAAUCAGGAGCAGGUGCCUGGACAAUAUAAUUUAGAACAAGUUAGUGAUCAGUUUACUAACCAGGAACAUAAUCAAGAACAUACUAAUAUUCAACAGAAUGCAGAAAAUGAUGGUCUGAAUUCAUCAGCAACUUCUAAUUACAGUGGAAGUUUAAAUCAGUCCAGUGUCAAUAGGGAACAAGGAACUGGCUCGGAUUUCUACCAAAAUGUAAAUUCAACAGAUGUAGGUUUUAUGGGACAAAGUCAUUUAGUACACGAGCCUGUUGUAAGUAGUGGGAUUGUAAAUCCUCCAAAUGUUACACAUUCCAAUUUCAAUGACAGUGCACCAUUACGCAUGGGUGUAGUAGGUGAACCGUUCAAACAGGAAAAUGAUAAGACUGAUAUGAAUGCUGUGAUAUCACAAGUCAAUCAUAUGACCAUAGAAGAUGGUGAAAGUUCUUGUAGAGUAAGCUAUGGUGUUGGGUCAGUAGAUAGUAUGAAAACACAGGAGAUUGAUAUUGGUCAGCCACUUACAAGUAAUGACCCUCAACUUGGCCUUGGGCAAGCUAACAGUGGUAUAAUGACCACUGCUGAUGACCAGCAAAGUUUAGGGGACUGGGAGGUGGUGCCACCGCAAAAUCUCAUAGUACCUGGGAAUCACAGUAGACAGAGUUCUACGGACAACAAUGUCCAGUUUUUUAUCGGCUCCAGCAGGAACUCCCCAGGCAGUGGGCGUGGCACUGGAUCACCCUGCUCAGUUACACAGGGCCAAGGGGAAGAUAAAGUCAUUACCUCUUUCCUGAACCAACAGUCCUCAGUUGCAAGUCAACCACCCAAACCAUUCCAACCUGAAGCCAUGAUGCCAAAGUACACAUCCUCCCCUAAUGUUACACCAGAGACAAGUGAGUCUACAGAAUUUGUAAAGUCGUCAUCAGACACAGGUCCACCUCCUCCUAUGGCUACUCCAACAUCAGCAAGAGGGGGAGAUAAUCCAUUUAGGAAAGCAGGUCAAAAACUGCCAUCUUCUGAACUGAAACUGGAAACAAACUCAGUUCAGCAUGAAAUUCCUGGAAGUGUGUCCUUGUUGGAAGGUAGCUCUGUUACUGAGAGUGGGUUGAGCAGCAAUGAAAACUCUAUGGAGCCACCAAGUCCAAUUUUAAAUGCUGAAGACCAGUCAAGGACACUAAACAAUCGUUUUGGUCAGAAAAUGAAACCACAGAGUCCAAUAAUGCCACGAAAGGAAAGUCCUUUCCAACCUCCAGCCAGGCGCAGGAAUGUAUCAGGAUCAAGUGAAACUAUAGAGGAAAAUGCUCGUAUGGAAGAGGUAUCUCGCCAAGACAGUCGAGACAGCCUAGCAAAAAGUCUAGAGCACAGUAAGUCAAUGGGUUCAGAUAGGUCAUUAGGUGCAGACAGCAGUAGGAGAUCUUCAGGAAGUGAUUCACAAGGUCAGUCUGAUCGUGACUCUAUUCACAGUCAGGAUCCUCAUUGGAAGACACGGGCAAAUCGUGACAGGAGAUCUAGACCUCCUCCUGGUCCAAGUGGAAGCUCUCGAGCACGUGCAGUAAUGUCCCCAAGGAGGAUGGAAAAGCAUCUCCAGCAUAAUCAGGAAAGAAGGGUAAAACACAACAUGUCACCAGCAACAACACUGUGGGCAGACAGUGACCUGCAGCUCCCCACAACAAACAUUUUGCUGGCCCCUGCUGGUCCAAUGCCUUCAUUGAUGUCACCUGCCCCAGUCUCUCAACCACUAAAAGGAAAGGAUAAUAAGGAGAUAGAACAGGUUCUUUCUCCUGUGGAGAACUUGAUAACAUCGUUAACAGAACAUAUAUCAAAGGAGAACACGCCAGAACCUGAAAGUGUGCACAAUGGUGAACCUGUAGUGGCAGCUGAUGCGCCUUCUAGAAAUCAGGGAGAGCGGAAAAGGGAGGAGGUGAAAAAUGUACGGGACAGACAUGAACGAAACUCCUCUAUAGACCGUGAGUUAGAGAUUGUGCGUAGACAAGAAGAGGAAGAAAAAAGGGAGUUAAAGAGCAGACAGCAUAAUGACAAUCAUAGAGAACACUACAGUGUAAAAGACCAAUACCAUGAUAGUCGCGGUCAUGAUGUGAGGGAUUAUAGAGAUCAACAGGAAUCUAGAGAUCUUAAUGAUUCUAGAGAUCGCAGGGAUGAUGGUUAUGAAAACUAUUAUGACAGAAAGACAAGGUAUGGUUAUAAAGGAGCACAACCUCUUAGGGAUCCCUACAAAGAUCAGUACUAUGGUGAUGAGCGAUAUGACAGGCCCAGGUCAAGAAACUCCCACUAUGAAGACCGACCCUCAUCUAGACAAAGUCGUGGUGGGGCAGAUAAUGACCGCCCACGUUCUCGCCAGGAAUACAGUCGAGACCCGUCGUACAAAGAUGGACGAUACAGCUCUGCUUCACGUGGAGGAUAUGACUAUGAUUACUAUGGUCAUCAGGGCUACUAUGACAGUCGGUACUAUAAUCAGAGCUACUAUCAUGACAGCCGGUAUAAUUCAGCCUACUAUGAUGAGUAUUAUCGCCAAGGUCAGGGCCAAGGGCAUGAUGCAGGACAGUACAAUGAAAACUAUGAUAGAAUGAUGGACCGACACUACCAUCCAUACUACGGCUAUCCAUCUGAAUACUAUGGCCAGGGGUAUGAGGACGAUAGGUACAGUCAACGCAGUCAGUCACGGGGAGCUCACACCCCAGCCUCCAUACCAGAAGACCAGCCAGAUGCCUAUGGAUAUGGAGCAAGGACAUCGAGUCGAGCUGGAUAUGAUGACUACCACAGGGGCCAUUAUGACCCUUACUAUGGAUAUAGACAUAGUGGCUACCAAUACCAGGAUCAAGGGGUUACACAAGAGAUGAAACCAGGCAGGAUAACUCCCAAGAAGUACACAAUUCCAGUUAUGAGAGCUAGUUUUGGCCCAGGUGGUUUGCUAAUCAAGGUGCUGCCAAGUAACCCAAAGUAUGGCCAGCCUGGAACUGUAGAGAUACAUGAGGUGGAUGAAUUAUUACAAGAAAACAUGGAGACGGAGGAGCUCAAAUCCUUUCCAGGUCCUGUGAUAAGGGGGGACACCCAUAAGAAUGAUGUUCUGUCAUUCUGCCAACGAAAGGCAAGGGCCUGUACAGAGAACAUCAACAUGAUCGACCGUGAAUCAGCUGAACUCAUCUGGAAACUUCUAGAAUUGCUUAUCAAACAAAAUGGGACGGUGAUGGGAACAGAUAUUGCAGAGCUGUUGUUGGAAGGUCAUGAGCCUACUACAGCAGAGUACAGCAUGAUCGGUCUCAAGAUCUCCCAGAGCAUGGACAACUUAGACCAGGAAUUGGAUGACACCUCUGAGGUCAACGCUUCAACCGUCUCCAUGACUGACCGCUCUGUCAUCAACAGGGGUCGGUCCCAAGAGGAGAUCACUGACCGCUUCAGACAUCUGUUGCUUUAUGGACGUAAAAAGGAUGCAUUAGAAUGUGCCAUGAAGAGAAACCUGUGGGGACAUGCAUUGUUUCUAGCCAGUAAAAUGGACAGUCGGACACAUGCUAAUGUAAUGAUAAGGUUUGCCAACACAGCAAUGAAAAUGAAUGAUCCCCUACAGACUCUGUACCAGCUUAUGUCUGGCAGACAGCCUGCAGCUGUAACGAGUAUAGCUAAUGACCGUUGGGGAGACUGGAGGCCACAUCUGGCUAUGCUUCUAUCCAACCAGGGAAACAAACCUGACCUAGAUAAGAAGAGCAUUAUGUCCAUGGGUGACACAUUAGCAUCCAAGGGCUUCCUGUUUGCAAGUCACUUUUGCUAUAUGAUGGGCCAGGCUUCAUUUGGUUCUUAUUACAAAAAGACUGCCAAACUGGUGCUAAUAGGAAACAAUCAUAGUCUACCGUUGGAGGAGUUCCUUACGAAUGAAGCUAUCCAGUGCACAGAGAUCUAUGAGUAUGCCAGGUCAUUAGGAAAUCCCUCGUUUUUUCUAUCAAAUUUCCAGUACUUCAAGUUUUUAUAUGCCAGUAGAUUAGCUGAUAAUGGAUUCCCUCAAGAGGCCCUUCAGUAUUUGGAAGUAAUCGCAAGAUAUAUUCAGCGAGCUCCAAUGUUCUUCCAGCCAACUCUAGUCAAAUUGGUUUAUGAUAUGGCAGACAGGUUGAAGCACUUUGACCCCCAGAGGAUGCAUACGGCUGAUGACCAGGACCAAGCAUGGCUUGUAAACUUACAAAAGGUCUCACAAGGAUUUCUGGAUGGCUCAAUCAGGCCCUUGUCAGGGAGUGUUACACCUAUGGGCUAUGGCAGUACCAGGGCAAGUAGUGAAAGUGCAGAGGUUGCUGGUUUGACUCACACAGGGUCAGACUUGAUGGGUCAAGGUCAUAUGGACUUUAACUAUCAGACCGGGUAUACACAACAACAGGGGUAUGGUGAGAGAUCAGACCAGUCACAAAGUGAGGUGGAUGGUCAAACAGUAGGGCAGUCAUUUACUGGACAACAACAUUACAACUACAGCUAUCCUCAGUCUGGGGAACCCAUACAGGAACAGCCAGAAGGGGAACAGCAGGCUCAGCAGGAGUACACAGAAAAUCAAUAUACAGCUCAGCAACAAUACCACCAGGAACAACACAAUGCCUACAACAGUUACUAUCAACAGGGCUAUGUUUCAAACAAUACAGAAGCUCCACAAGGAGAUUCAGGAAGUCAAGCACAGCCACCUGAUCUCAGUAAUCAAUACCAAGGCUAUGGAGGUGUAUCAGAUAACAACAUGAGUCAGUCUGAUGCUACAUAUGUAGCUGGAAGUGUACAGGAACAGGCUUCUGUGAACCAACCCUUUACCCAGAACACUGCAUCACAACCCUACGACCCAAACGCCUACUCCCAAACUGUUGAAACUCCAAAGCGACAGAGCAUCACAUCAGACAGCAGUUUGGAUACAGAAGAAGAAGGAAAUCAUGAACAACAGACAAACUUUGAUUACUUUGGGGCAGCCACUCAUCAAAAGAUUGUAGCCCCUCGUUUAAGAAAACGCACAACAUCAGAAACUAGUCAAGGAAGUGUAGGUAGAUCAGCAUUCCCUGGAGAUACUGCCAAUGAGGACAAAGCAAAAAUGCCUCCUCCUCCCAAACCAGAUCCAUCCAAAAAGCAGGGAAGUAGAUUAGGCGGAUGGUUCAGUAAGUUCAUCAAGCCAAAGAAUGAGAUGAAGCUGCCAAAUGAUGAUAAACCAAGUAUUGUGUGGGACAAGGAUAAAGAAAAGUGGGUGAACUUGGACAAAACUGAGGAAGAAGACAAACCAGUAGCGGAACCACCCAAGGACUCUGAUAUCUUCAAAACGCCAGCAGUGCCGACUACUCCCAGCACAACCUCAACUCCAGGGGCACCACCUUCAAGUAACAAGUUUUCACGUCCUAAAGGUAGAGGAGCACGUACCCAGUAUGUAGAUGUGAUGAAUACUAGUGGCAGUAGUACUAGUAGCUCAACAGUGCCCAAAAGUCUCUUCAAUGUGAUGCCAACCUCAGCAUCCUCGCCUGCCAUAUUUAAUCCACUUGGUGGAAGUGAUCAGUCAGAUACGAAAAACAAUCCUCAGCAGUCGCUAGCACCACCUGCUGAACAGAAUAUGAACCAGUCGUUGACACCAGGGGAGGAUGAAAAACAAAACCAGGCACCAAAUGCAACCCCAGGGGCACCACCAAUGUUGUUUAACCCUUCUCAGUUUAAAACGGGUCAGCAGAAUGUGGUACCUGCAGGUGGUCCAAAGCUCUACAACCAACGAAGAGUCUACCCUAAGUGAUGAGGCAAAAUGUGGCACCAUAAUGAUAAACAGUUGUUGUAACAUAAUACGGAAUGAUGAGUUUAGUUGGAUAUAGAUGUUUGAUGUAUUGUACACACUCUUUGACAUUUGUAUUGUGAAUUCUUAAUCACACAUGCUGUUACCAACACCAAACCUAAUUGAUUCUGAAAAAAAGUCUGAUUUCAUUGAUUUCUGUGUAAUUGUGACUGGAUCUUUAAUUGAUUAUGAUAGAGGAUAAAAACUCGCGUCUUUCACAGGUGUGAUUUUAGAAUGAUGAUUCUGGUUGACAAUGACAAACCAUUACCUGCCUCAAAUGGGGGUAGUACAAAAUGCCAAUAGGUAAUUAGUUUUUGUUGAUGUGGUUUUGGUGUUUAUUUAUUGUUGUUAGGAAAUAUUAUGAGAACGGCCUUCCUGUCUAACAGGGAAAUUAUAAAAAAAAUAAGUGUAUUUCAUGUUUGACGAAAAGUUUUACAAUGUGGGUUUGAUUUUGUGAUGACAAUGUGUUCAUUAGACUUUACUUGUCUGAUCAUCUUCAGUUAUGUUGUUACUUCAUCCAUCUUGUGUUCUAGAAGACAUAUUUACUUAAUUGUUACUACAAUUAAGAGAAGCAUUGUGUAUACUCUCAUAUCAUGUUCUCUUCACUUAUAUUCACUGAUCAUUAUACUUGGACAUUGUUCAGAUUUUGAAAAUCUUUCUAAACAUAUUGAGGAAAAUUUCAUAUCUUAUAAUUAUCUGGACAAAUUUCGCUGAAGCUUUCUGUGUGAUGAACUUCUGCAACUAAGUUUUGUUUGGUUGUCGCAGGUAGAUCAGCAGUCAGAAAUUUCUGUUUGGUGUGUUGUUGUGACAAAAGAUUUUUGGAUUUGAACAAUUUCAAGUCCUCAAGUAGUUUUUACUAAGUCAGAAAUUGUAUUGUGACAAGGUUAAUAUAUCACUUCAGGUCAUUGUCAAUAGUUAUAUGUUAUUGACUGAUAAACUCUAUUGGAACGUUUAGGAUUCCUGAUUUAAGGUGCUAGCUAUCUAAGAAAUGAGGAUGUGUAUGUUAGGAAACCUUCACUGUUAAAACUUUUUGAUCCCUGUUAUAAGUGUGCUUAUCUUCCCAAACCUGUCUUAGCUCUUUGCAUUUAUUCUAUCACUUUACGUUUCACAUUCUCUCCCCUUCAUGAUAGAAAUAUAUAUGUAUAAAUUAAUCCCAGUGCACUAAAAUUAAUGAUACAUACAAAAACUAUUUAUACUGAUAGAACUUAGAUGAAUUAGAACCAAGACAGGCCAUUAUGAUGAAGGUAAAGCUCUACUUCCAUCAAUUAAUUUGCUAAUAUUUCUUGUGUAUUUCUGGCUGUCAUUAUGUAGUCUACUCUAGCCUGAAAGAAAUGGGACAUAAGUCAGUCAGUCACAUAAUUGAGAAACCCAUGCAUCUUAACGAGGUUCGCUGACAUGAAGAUCAUAUGUUACGAAAUAUUUCAAUAAUUUUGUGAAAUUUUGAGAUGGAACAAACAAAAUGUGUAUUUGUACUGACAAACAGAGAGAUGUGAUAAAGAUAAUGAUAAAACUUUUAAUCUUGUGUUAGAACAUUGGAACAUUUUCAGUUUGAUAGUUUUUGUAACAUCUGUGAUAAAAGAUAAAAAACUAUUUCAUAAUAUUCUAAUACAUGCUUAUUAUAUACUUGUACAGACUUCAUUUGGUAAUGGAAGGGGUUAAGGGGGGCUGGGGGAAUUGUCUCCUUUAUUUCAACAUGCAUAUACUUACUGAUAGCUGAUGUUUGAGUGCCAUGAAGAUUGUCUGUGUGACUGUAGCUGGCAGAUGGAUGCACGGUUUUGAUUUGUUAGACUGUUUGUGUGACAAAGUGCUACUCUCCCAAAAACAAAGAAAUAAGGAAAAAAAUAUAAGCUUUUACAAACCUGGUGAAUUCAGUCAAAUUAUUGAAUAUUUAAUAUAUACAGGUAUAAAUGUAUUAAUAUUUGAUUGAAUCCUAAUAUGAUAUAAUGAGAUGUUUAUUAAAUAUUAAGGAUAUAUGUUACUUUGAUCAAAUAUUACAGAGCAUUUUUUACGGCAGUUUUUGUUGAUAUGAACAGUAAUCCAUGUGAAAAUUCACUUUUCACCAACAAGAAAGCGAAACAGCUACUGCUAAUCUGUAGUAAGAAAUGAGAAUAUCAAAACUUUUUUUGUUUUGGUUCUAAUUUUGGCAACAAGAGGGACCAGUGAUAAAUUGUCUAGUCAGAAUGGACAGUGAGUAUCAGUAUCAUCCCAAUUAAUGUGCAAUAACAUCAUGCUAGAGAUCACUAGACCCUGUUAGUGUCUCAUCUGUUGCUGCACAAAUAACACUCAGAAUCUUGUAACACUACAGUGAUGUCUGUAUUCUUCUUUUAUGUUAUGGUUUACGAGAAAUUUUAAUUUCUUCUCUUUUUAGUGUUUUAUUGCCUUAUUACCAAUAUUAACAUGCCAAAUUGAUGUAGUUUUGUCAUCACAGUUCUUUAAGGACAGGAUUGCAAUAGAUGAUCCGUUAAGUUAAUUGAUUAAAAUUAGACUGUUAUGAAAUCUGACAAAAUUAUGAAUGUAUUUAUUGUUUUAUUUCUCUAGUUACUUCUGUUUGGUGAGAGAUAAUACAACAUAUUAUUUAUUGUGAACAUUAGUAGGAGGCAAAAAAACUUUAUAAAGUGUUGAUGAAAUUUUAUUUCAUUUGUUUGGUAGAAGUAAAUUGAUGUUUAUUGUAUAUAUAUUCAGAGAGUAAAUGCAAUAUUUACAUCCUAUUUAUUAAUGUGUUUUAUGCUGUAUAAAUUGGUUUAAAAAAAAAAGAUUCAUGUACAUAUAUUUUAUUCUGAUAAGAGACUGGAUCAGUGUGAUAAGGUAAUUCUUCGGAUUGACAAGCCCUGAAUAAGUGUUAAAUAAGUGUAGGAUAUUAAAUCAUUAAUAAUGAAUAGGAAAUUUAGCAUGAAAGUGAUAGAAUUAUAUUAAAUGUUAUUUCUCAUUUUUGAUAUGGUUAUACACUGGAUGCUUGGUGAAAUGGUGAAAGUUAAUGGAAGAGUGAUGUUUGAUUGAUAUUUUCCAGUGUUCAGUUGAUGGAAUAUUUAAUGCAAAAUAUUGUCGAUAUUGUAUCGGAAAUGGUGUUUUCACAUGAAGAGCUGCAUUUGAAAAGUUGUGCAUUUGUGAGAUAGAUUUAAAUGAUUUUAUUGUCAGAAGGAAAAUAAAAGUUUUGAAGAGCAUUUUUCUGUUUAUUUUGAACACCCUUGUUUUGGUGAGUAUAGUUGGUAAUUAUUUGUGGUACACAAUUGAAAUGGAAUAAUUCUUAUCAUCAUAAUCAUCCUGCUCCAAAGUAUAGUAAAAUUGCAUGUAUUAAAAAGAACAAUUCAAAAUGUCAAAAUACCAAGACAAUUAAGAUGGCUUAAUAUCAUAGUUGAAGUUUGACUUGAAUUAGCUAAUGUAGAUUAAUAUAUCUUUGUGAUGCCCAUUCUUAAUGUCGGCUAAUAUAUACUUAAAAUAGGCAGUGUCGACAUGGCAUUCCAUGUUCUUUCUCCAACAGAAUUACAAUUUAUUCCAUUUUUUCCUCACCAUUACUGAUGUUAAUGAAAAAGAUUUUUUUUUUCUCAUUCACAAAUUUUGAUCCUCCAAUUUCUUAUAGAGCAGGGAUAUCCUUGUACGUUUCUGCUACAUAACUAGAAAAAUUUAAUAGGAUCAAAUGCUAGAAAAACCCAAACCUACAAAAUUGUGUUUAUCAGCAAGUGCCCGAUUUAUCAAGAUAGCUGUUAUUUUAAUAUAUGUAUAUAGACAAUAGUUUAAUUCUCUCUUCUUACCUAUUUUAAUGAUCAAGCAUCCUGUUAUGUUGAUUUUAUUGUACGUUUCCUCCACAUGAAGUGCGAUGAUUCAACCUGCCAAUGUUAUCCAAGUCAUAUAUCAUACUCACAUCAUAAAAUUCAAGUGCUUGUUGCUUUUGAUUUCUAGAAGACCGAAACAUCUUGAGGGAAUAUUGUGAUACAAAUCAUAUACCAUAAGUUGUAAGAAUGAUAAAAUAAAUCUCAACAAAACUGAUGGUUCUUUGAUCUCAAAGUUCACUGCCAGCCAAUCCUCACUAUAUACAUUUUAUUCAUUCUUUAAUGUUAAUCCUGUUAUCUCCUAGAUAUUGAUUGUUUUAGUUAGUUGAAGUAAUUCAAAGCAUGGUUGCCACAUAUGAUGUUUUCAUCUGUUCCCAAGUACUGUUUCAUGUGUAUAUAACCUAUAACUAGCGGGUUUGAUUAGGAAUGAUUUAGUUAUGGAAUGACAUCUGGUGACGGUCCUAUUGCCAAUCAACUGUGAUCUGUGAUCAUGUCAUAUCUACCCACUGUCAUAUUAUUAUCAAGUCCUACAAUUUGAUGUCUCUGGCGAUUUUCGUUUUUUUUUUUUUUUUAAUUGCCAAUAGUUAGAGGGGAUUGUCAUUACAACAGAAAAAAUUACUCGAGUGUCAACCGAAUUACUGAAAUAAAUUAUAUUUGAAAUCUU